AUGAAAAUUGAGGAAAUACGGGAUGUGUUCAGUACACAUGGAUGCGUUAAGGGCCCACCUGCCAAGAUGAUGCUUAAGCCCGGAGCCACUCCAUAUUGUGUCACAACAGCAUGUAGGAUUCCUUUUCCAUUGAUGCCGAAGGUCGAGGCAGAACUAAACCGAAUGGAGAAUGCUGGAAUCAUUGCGAAAGUCACAGAACCGACAGAUUGGUGUGCACCGAUGGUGACAGCAUUCAAGAAAAAUGGGGAUGUUCGUUUGUGUGUUGAUCUUAAGAAACUGAAUCAGGCAGUCAAGCGUGAACAUUACAUGUUGCCCAACUUGGAUGACAUUGCCCCGAAGUUGAGCAAGGCUACUCCCUUUGGACGAUACUGUUUCCAGCGAGUACCUUUUGGUAUCACAUCAGCCCCUGAAAUAUUUCAGCGUCGCAUGUCUGAUAUAUUAGCAGAUAUCAAUGGAGCAGAUGCUAUCAUGGACGAUAUCAUCGUAUACUGGAGUACAGUGGAGGAGCAUGACGAGCGUUUGGACCUUGUACUGGACCGUAUUAAGGAACUUGGUCUUAAACUUAACAAGAGCAAAUGCGAGUUCAGGAAACGGAGUAUCGAAUACUUUGGACACUUGAUUAGUUCAGAUGGGAUCAGUCCAUGUCCAGAACGUGUGCGUGCAAUACGCGAUUUGGCUGCACCAACAAAUGUGACUGAACUGGAGAGAAUACUUGGAAUGGUGAAUUAUCUUGGUCGAUUUUUACCAAAUCUUUCUACAGUCAUGCACCCCCUUACUGACCUUUUGAAGAGUGACUCGGUAUGGAUAUGGGACAACCCCCAGGAAGAGGCCUUCAAAAGGAUGAAGGAUAUGCUAACAGAAACACCUGCAUUAGCCUUCUACAAUUCUUCAAAGCCAGUUGUGAUUAGUGCAGAUGCCAGCAGCUAUGGCCUAGGAGCUGCCAUAUUUCAGCAGUUUGAUGGUCAACUUAAACCCAUUGCAUUUGCUUCGAGGACACUAACACCGGCUGAAACCAAAUAUGCACAGAUCGAGAAGGAGUGUUUAGCAUCUGUAUGGGCCUGUGAGAAGUUUGAGCACUACAUCAUUGGACUCGAUUCAUUCAAACUCAUCACUGAUCACAAACCUCUUGUUCCGCUUAUUAACACUCAAGCUCUAGACAGGACACCGGUGAGAUGUCAAAGACUUUUGAUGCGUUUGCGCAGAUUUAAUCCAAUAGCAGAACACGUGCCAGGGAAAAAUCUUGUGGUUCCCGACACUCUUUCCAGGAGUCCGCUAACUGGAAAUGCUGAGGAUACAGAGGAGGAAGUCAAUCUUUAUGUAGACUGUGUUGUAAAGAAUCUUCCGAUAUCUGACCAACGACUAGAGCGCAUUCGAUUAGCAACAGCAGAUGAUCCAGAGUUGUCUGAAGUUUUGAAGAAGACUCGGAACUGGUGGCCAGACCAUGAGAGAUCACUGAAAGCAGAAAUCCGACCAUACUUUUCCGCACGAUCCGAACUGUCUGUCUGGAAUGGUAUUCUAAUGUACAGAGACCGAAUUGUUAUUCCGGAGGGUCUUAGACCAGAAACCUUGAAAGACAUACAUUCUGGACACUUAAGUCUGAACAAGUGCCGAGAACGCGCGCGAGGAGCUGUAUGGUGGCCAGGGAUUUCAACUGACAUAGAGCGUACUGUUAAGUCCUGCGAAUUCUGUCUUGUUCAUCAAUCAAAACAGAAACGAGAACCGUUGAAGACCACAGCCCUUCCAGAUCGUCCAUGGCAAAAGAUUGCUGCAGAUCUGUGUGAGCUGAAGGGUAGACACUUCCUAGUAGUUACAGACUAUUUUUCUCGUUAUCUGGAAAUUGCGUACCUGGAUUCGUUGACUAGUGCUCACGUAAUUGGAAAACUCAAGAAUAUAUUAGCUCGUUGGGGUAUUCCAGAGGAAUUGGUAACCGACAAUGGCACCCAGUUUACGUCAGACUCCUUCAAGAAGUUCGCAGCUAAGUAUGGAUUCGCCCAUACAACCACCAGUCCUCACUACCCACAAGCAAACGGCGAGGCUGAGAGGGCUGUCAAGACCGCGAAGCGUAUAUUACAGCAGGAUGACAUCUUUGUUGCGCUUAUGGCGUACCGUUCAACAUCCAUAUCAACAACAGGAGUCAGUCCAGCCGAACUCAUCAUGGGACGCAGGAUUCGAACCAUUGUUCCAGUCAAACCAUCUUCACUGGUACCAAAGUGGCCGGACUUGGACCAGGUGAGGAGACAGGACGCGCGUACGAAGGAAACUACCAAGUUUCAGUAUGACAACUGA